AUGUGGGGCCAUCGAUUGGUGGUGCCAGAAUCGCUGCGUGUACUGAUGUUGAGGGAGCUUCAUGAUGGUUACAUGGGCGUGGUUAAAAUGGAGGCCCUGACCCGCUCAUACAUCUGGUGGCCAGGCAUGGACGCGGAGAUUGAAAAAAUCACGAAGUCUUGCGAGGCUUGUCUCAAGUAUAAUGACAGUCCACCUAAAUUGAAAUUGCACGUUUGGGACUGGCCGGACGCCCCUAAAGUUUGUUUGCAUGCAGACUUCUUAGGUCCACUGGACGGGAAGAUGUACUUGAUUGUCGCGGAUGCUCACUCGAAGUGGGUAGACGUCAAGCUUAUGCGCGACAUCACAUCGAAGUCAACAAUCGACGCCUUCAGGGAGUAUUUUACAGAUGCGGGCCUACCCGUUAAGCUAGUUACGGACAAUGGUCCAUCUUUUUGUUCAUUUUAA